AUGUCGAUCGCAUCGAUCAAGGUCGUGCAGCUCGAGGUCAUGCCGGUUGAGGAGGAGAUGAUCUCCCAUGUCACGCUGAGCAGUGAAGGACAGGAAAGGAGAACGCGAGGAGGUUGCAUGGAGAUCGGCUAUGACUUCUCCGAAAUCUUCCCCUCAGAACCUAUCCAACGUCUUGAUCGUGCACAGUUGUAUCGUUUCAAUCCCAGAAAAUUCUGGUCAGUGCAGAAAGCGAUUGAUACGUUGGGACAUCUGUCAACGGAGGCCCAAGGCUUGAAACGAAUCCUGACGACGUAUGAGAAAGUUUUAAACCAACCGGAGGAUCAAUUCAUAUACUUAAUGUGGCAACGUCAUCCAUCGAAACCGGCAACCAGUUAUGUAAUUGGAAUGUUGAAAGUUGGCAAAAAACAUCUCUAUUUACUGGAUGAAAAUCAAAAGAAGUACGAAGAAGAACCAUUGUGUAUCCUUGAUUUCUAUAUUCACGAUUCCGUUCAAAGAAGAGGAAAUGGGCAUCAACUUUUUGAGGCUAUGCUUAGAGAAGAGUCCACAUCAGCAGCUGCAGUUGCCAUUGACCGGCCUUCAGAUGCGUUUUUACAGUUCUUGUCAAAGUUCUACGGACUUUCUAAACCAGUCUGGCAAUCGACAAAUUUCGUCGUUUUCCCAGAGUUCUUUGAAGGGAAAGCUCCCGUCGAACGUUACGAUAAAAGUGGAAAUGGAUGUCGAAGUGAGAAAUUCGGAACAAGAAAGAAUGCUACGCAGAACACAGCCUCGGAAACAACUGUUAAGGAUACGGUAGCAGGUUUACUACACGGUAAUCUAACCCCAGAAUUGCGACGAGUUGCAGCUCCUGAUACACCACUGGACCGAAAAAAUAGGAGAGAUUUUGGACAUCAGAGUUUAUGGUAG